AUGCCGGACUCUUGUGAAUACUCCUCGAGUGGGGAGAGCGACUACGACAGCGAUCGGGACUCGAUCGGGGCGUUCGAGAAUGACGAUGUCGAGGCCGACUGCGGGGCCUCCUCGUCAGCCCGGUCCUCUACUCAGGUAAAGCAGCGCAUGACGUCUCCGGUUGGAUUUUUCCAUCCUUCGGUACUCUUACCUUAUUCGAUUUGUGCGAUGAUCGAUUUUUUGCUUUUCGUGGGGCUCAGCUGGUAUGUAAUUUUAAGGUUUCGAGGUCUGUGAAUUUGGCGCGGUCUUCGACUUGUGGGUCUGGAUUGGAACACGAAUUUGAAUCUAGGGGUGCACCUGCUGCUUUUCCCUGCGCUUGCUUUAUUGUGAACGAGGAAUUUGAAUUGGGGGGAUCCUGCUUAUUCCUGUUUGUUUGAUCUGUUUGCCCUGGGUAAUGUUGUUUUUCCUCUAGUCUGUUAUUGUUCUUCUCGUUCCCAUGGAGUAGAUAUCAUGGUAGUUCUGCCUUUCUUGUAGAGCGAGAUCAGCAAAAAUGAAUUGUUGCGGAACUUAAUUCAUACUUUUUGUUUUUUUUGUAGGUGAUUACGAAGGAGUCCUUGUUGGCAGCGCAGGUAUUACUUUGAACUUUGCCCCAAACUAAGAUGUGGGAAUUUAAUUGUUUUUAAUUUACUUUUGAAGAUGUUUGUUACUCAUAAUUCUCUAGUUGAAGGUUUGGACAAUCAUUAUCUUUAUUAUUUCAAUAUUUUCAGAAGAAGCAGACCGAACUUCAUAUUGUAGCUCGGUUUUCUUGUCUCUAUCAUGCCUUUGAAUGUCUUUCGACCUGGUUAACUGUUGUAAAUCUAUUUUGCUAAGUCAAUGGCUUCUGAGCUAUGUUCUCUUUCUUUGCGGUCUUGUAGAGAGAGGACUUGCAUAGGGUCAUGGACUUGCUACAGUUGCCCGAGCAGCAUGCCAGGACGCUACUUAUCUGUCACCGAUGGGAUGUUGACAAGAUUUUUGCGAUUCUUGUGGAAAGGGGGAGAGAUCGGUUAUUUUCGGAUGCUGGAGUAACUUUACUGGAUUCUAGGGAUUUCCCUUCGUCCGUGUCUUCAUCUCCAUUUUCGUGCAAUAUCUGUUUUGAGGAUGUUGCUCCCGUCAACACCACCAAGAUGGACUGCGGGCACUGUUACUGUAAUGACUGUAAGUUUUCUAAUUUUUGAUUUAUUUGAUAUUACUGGUUGAUUGUUGCAAGAUAAUUCAAUAGUCAUUAGAUAGGCCUUGUCAUAAGCGUUGGGAUGGAUGGUAAUGAAUUUUAGGAUGGGCUAGCAUAUUAUCUGGGAAAGAAUAAGGAACCUUUUAGUAUCUCGGAGGGAACGAGGGAUCUUUUCGUAGGCUAACAUAAUAGUUGAUAGCGGGCAAGGAUGUGAUAGUAUUUUAGUAAGAUCAAGGGUCUGUAGCAAACUACUUAAGAACGUGGAAGGGAUCUGAUCGUGUUGAAAUCUGAUAUCUCAACCUUGAAAUUUUGUAAACAGCACCAACAGAAAAUGGGAUAGAAUAUGCCUACAGAAAUAGGGGUAACUUUCCAUGAAAAUUCCGAAAUAAGCACAUGUUCCUGCUAAACUGACAUCUUCUAAUAAUACCUUGUCAAGUAUCUUGUUGUUAAUUUCAUGGAUGUCCGUAUUUAAAUGUUUUCUCAAAUAGAAAUUUCAGCAGCAUCAGGUAAAAUAUUGUCCGCAUUUUAUAGGAAGUUGGUAUACACAGAAGAGUGAAUAGAAUAAGAAAGAUACUGCUGGCAUGUGUGGGUUGGAUGGAUAGAGUGUUGGCUGAUGGAGCAGGCAAAAAGGAAUUGAAGAGAGUUGAGCUUGGGAGAGGUUUGUGGGACCUCAAAUGGGCGGAACUAGUUGUGGUUAAGAAUUGGAGGUUAGGAUGUAAUUGCUUGCCAGAUGGUCAAACUGACAAGAGAUGGGUUCCAGGAGAGAUUUUUCUUGUCGUUGAUUUUGCUACAGGCCAAUGCGGGUAGAUUCCAACAGCUGAUUAGAGUUUGCAUUGACUUGCCGGAUAUUUACUUCUCAUGUCAUGAUUCCUCCCGUUUGUUUACUUAGUUCGAGGCUAAAAAUAUGUAUAAUAUUUUCUUCCAACGAGAAAAUACUCUCGGUUUUUCAAUAUGAUGAAUAUAAUGCACAGUAUGUUAAGUUUGCCGAAGAACUAUAGCAUAUUCUUUAUAAAAUUUGGCACCCCCAAAAAGAUGUUGCAUUUAUUUGACAACGUGGAGAUUGUCAGGAAAGAGUCAGGAUAUGAUUAUUACAAUAAUUACGAUGAAAAUUUAUCUCAGGACAAGAAAAUACAUAUGGGGCACAUCUUUAUGAGCUUUGUGUAAGAGAUUCUUCGGUUGACUAAAUUUUCGAUAGAAUUCUCGCAACUGCAUAGUUCUGUAGGGAACAGAAUUUGAUCUUUCAUGGUGUUAUAUGCAAAUUCCUUAUUUUAUCUUAAUGCAUUUUGUGGAAUAUCCCACCUUUCUGGAAAAAAAGAGUUUGUGCCUGGACUAGAAAAUAUAUUUGCAGGAAGUGUUCCUUUCUUUCCUCCAUACUUGAAGGAACUCUGCUAACCUCCUGCUUAUUAUGGCUGAAAAUGCUAAGCAAUGUUUAAAUCCAAUCCUCUCUGUUUCAUAUUCUCAUAGCCCUUUUGACUCAGGCUGCAUUUUCACGAUUCGUUGAAGCGCUUAUAUAUUAUUAUUAGUCUUUGGUAUGUAGGAGUUGAAGAACCAGCUGCUAUAAGGUGUUGUUUUCUGAAUAGUUCUUGAAUCUUCUUUUUUAUGAAGGUUGGACUGAACACUUCAUUGUCAAGAUUAAUGAUGGCCAAAGUCGUCGAGUUAGGUGCAUGGCUCCCAAGUGCAAUGCUAUAUGUGAUGAAGCAGUCGUUAGGAAGCUAGUUAACACAAAGGAUCCUGACAUGGCAGACCGAUUUGAGCGUUUUCUCCUAGAAUCAUACAUUGAGGACAAUAAUAAAGUUAAUUGGUGCCCAAGUGUUCCCCAUUGUGGAAAUGCGAUACGUGUUGAUGGCGAUGUCUAUUGCGAGGUGGAAUGUGCGUGUGGCUUACAGUUUUGUUUUGGUUGUCUAUCAGAAGCACACUCUCCAUGCUCAUGUCAAAUGUGGCGACUUUGGGAAAAGAAGUGCCGUGAUGAAUCCGAAACUGUCAAUUGGAUAACAGCUAACACAAAGUCAUGCCCCAAAUGUUUCAAGCAUGUAGAAAAAAACGGUGGCUGCAAUCUUGUUACAUGUAUUUGUGGGCAAGCAUUCUGGUAAGGAUUUCAUAUGCUCUCUUCUUUCCCUUAGUCUUUGUUUAGAUUGUUUUAAUUAUAUUUUUUUUCGUAGCUUCUCAUUAACCACAUUUUUUCAAGAUUAUUUGUUCAGUUCGUCUCCUGACCAUAUCUUGACUGCAUAACCUGCUGGCGGCUGAAGUUUAUCUUUAGUAAAGAGUUCCUAUGCAAAGUAAAUGCUUCAUUCUUUGGGUCCUGAUAGUCACAAAUGAUAUUAGAUGCUGGGAAUUUCUUCACGGAUAUUGACAGUUUGUUUGAACUAUAUGUCUCAUGUUAGUAUUUAGACAGCAGUUGUAUGCUGGAUCAAAGGUCUUGGUUCAGUGGCUCUUGGGCAUAGCUAAAGGCUUAGGUCAUCGAUUCCAUCAUUUACCAAGUAUACAGGUUUCAUUUGGCACGCAUAUCAAACAUAUUCCUCUUUUAGCUGCCAACUGAUCAUAGGAGAACGUCUGCCAAAGCAGAGCGGUGCCAUCAAUUUGACAUCAUAAAACCACUUGAAUCCAUAAAAGAUAUUCUAUGCUAAAUUUUUCUCAUAAAAAUUACAUCUAUCAUGGGGGUUAGAUUUAUUAUAUAUGGCUGCUGGUUCUUAUCAUUUAUUUUUUUAAGUUGUAAAUCAUGUUCUUUUCUUAUAUAACAGAUAUAGGUUUGAUCUUCUAAAAAAACGUUUUUGCAUAUGAACAGAUAUUCUAGUUAGUGUUCUCUAAAACUAUUCAGACGCAAUUUUCCCUCGGAAAUGAAAUGAAUACUGUUAAAAUGCCUUUUAAUCUAAAUUUCAAAUGGAAUUACCCUUUGUGGUCAUGACUACUUUGGUUACUGCGAUGACGAGAAUAAUGGUGUUCUCCACUUCGAAAAAGAACAAAUGGUGACUGACAACAAUAAUAGCUGUGACAGUGCAUUCCCAUGGUUCAGAAGCUCCUCUAGCAAUUGCAAUGGUGUAGAUGAAGGCUUAUAAGUUUUGCUAGUAACAUGAUGGGGAUUCAAAUCGUUUUAAACACUGCUGUUAACAUGUAUGUUAUUAAAUGGUAUUGCGGGUUGUAUUAGGGCAAUUUCUGCAAUAAUAUUGAUGUCUUGAGUAUUUUAUCUUUGAAAAUGAAUUUCUGAGAAGGUCGAGUCUUGAAUUUAAUGUAAGAUGGUAACUGUGAAAAAGCCUUAUAAGUUGAACUUCUCUCCUUGUUUAUCUGGUGCCUUUGAGGGGUGGAGGCCAUGAGAUGAUUUUUAAGUAUGGGAACGUAAGAAGGAAAAGGGACUCAAUUUUAUUGGUUUUUGUUUGCAAGUUUAUUAGAAUAUGGAUCCAAGAGCCUAUUAUCAUGUUAGUGUGAUACAGUACCCCUAAAGACGUUCGCCAUAAGAGAUAAUCUAGAAGCUUCUGCAGUAAACACUGGGAUAGGAACGUGCUGAACAAUAUAAGUACCUCCUCUGUGAAUAAGAGGGGGUAUUGUGGUAGAAGGUCACGAGAGGAAAGGGAGAGUGGGGAAUUCUCUCGAACUAAAUCCUGUCUGUUCAUUGUUUUCUCUGUUUCCUUUGAAUACAUUGUUUGUCUUCCCUUCUUUGUCCAAGAGGAGAGAAGGGGAUCGUAUCAUAGUGUUAGUGUGUUAUGUUGAAGAUGGGCCCAUCCGGCUCAUAUGAGGUCUUAUAAUUAGUGCUUUCUCCUAGUUCAGUACAUAAUUAUAUGAGUUGGGCUUCACUUUUGACAUGGCAUCAGAAGCUAUGGUUGGGGUUUUCCUGAGGUUUCUCAAGCAGUUGUCCCUGGUGCCACCUUCAACCUCUUCUUCUUCAAGUAGCAGGAGGGAAGUGAUUGUGGUUUGCCCCACCUGGUGAUCUGGUGUUCUAUAUUUCUGUCACACAGAUGCCAGUCCUGAUCAUCUUAUUGUUGGACAGAUACGUCUCUAUCCAACUUUUAUCUAACAUGUGGACUCCACAAUUGAGUCCAAUUUUGUCUUUUUCCCUAGAUUUUGUGGUUUGUGGGUUCUGGUUGUUUAAAUACAAAUAUAGAAUUUAUUUACUACAUGUCUGGUUGGAUUUUCCAUUACUAGAAAAUAUGUAAAUAUUAUAUUGGUCUACAGUUGGCUUUGUGGAGCUGCUACUGGAUAUGAACAUACGUGGUCAAGCAUUGCUGGUCACAGCUGUGGACGAUACAAAGACCAAAAGGCCGAGCGAGCAAAGCGCGAACUUCAUCGGUAUAUGCAUUACCAUAAGUUCUACAAGAGUCACACAGAUUCUUGCAAGGAGGAAAGCAAGCUUAAAUCAUCAAUACAGGAAAAGAUCUCUAUUUUAGAGUCUAGGGAGUGGUCAAUGAAAGAUUACAGUUGGGUAAUGAAUGGACUCUACAGGCUGUUCAGAUCAAGGCGUGUUCUUUCAUACUCAUAUCCAUUUGCAUUCUAUAUGUUUGGUGAUGAAAUUUUCAAGGAUGAGAUGACCAAAGAAGAGAGGGAGAUUAAGCAGAAUCUGUUUGAAGACCAACAGCAGCAACUCGAAUGCAAUGUUGAGAGACUAUCCAAGUCUCUCAUGGUGGCAUUGGAUGAGCUUUCUGAAGAAGAGGUUCUGGCGACAAGGAUGAAUAUCAUCAAUUUGUCUGUCCUUGUCGAUCGGCUCUGCCAUAAAAUGUGAGUUUUUUCUAAUUAAAGUUUCUACUUCAUCUUCUCUGCCUAAUUGCAUGGCAUUAAAGUGCUUCAACUUGCAGGUACGAGUGCAUUGAGAAUGAUUUGUUGGGUUCCCUACUCAAUGCAACCCAUAAUAUUGCUCCAUACAAAUCCAAGGGCAUUGAGAGAGCUUCAGAGUUAACAGCUUGGUGGGACUCUGAGCACACCCUGAGGAGCAUGGAGCCCAUCGCUGAUGGCAGAUGCGGCCAUGCUACAAGAAAUACCUCUGGUACGGGAAACCGUCCUCUUCUUGCAUCCCGCUCACUUCCCCUUUUCGAUUUGGAAUCAAUUCUGAAGACUUUUUUCUGUUUAAUGUUAUGUUCUUCUUCGGAGCAAAGGUACCUCAUGAUGCUUUCGGAGCCCAGCUAAUCUAAAUCUGCUGUUUCUAGCCAAUUAAGGAAACGAAAAAUUAGCUAAGCUCAGAAUACUAACUCAUGUACAACAGAAUCAAUCAGUUUUCUCACCCAACCUUACUAAUGAAGAAAAUACCGUUUGGGUCCGCGAGUCGGUUCAUCUCAGGAAUUGCAUUCUCUGUUAGCACUUACUCCUGCUUAAAUACUUGCCAUCCUCCGCACGCUUGAAAUUACUUGCUAUUUUUAUUUUUUUUGUAUUGGUUGAAAUUGCGUAGCUUCACACUAUUGAGGGCUUUGUGUCUGCUGCCGUUCUAUAGAGCCAUCCAUCUCUUGCUGCCACCGACCACUUUAGGAUGAUUACCAGUCCUGCAUGGAUGAACUAUUUUGGGCUGUUUCACGGUUCUUGAACAGUCCUGGGUGGCAAGCCUGGGUGACCAACGGGCCACAGACCCAGACCCUUCGAAAUCUUAAAGACCUGGUCCAGACCAGCCCUUCCAGGAUUUCGCAUGACGAGAUCACAUGGAAUAGAAGUGGGUUGGGAGAGCAGGAGUAGAGGAGAAUGCGAGAGAGUUUGUGUGGAGUAGCCAUGAGGUGAGGAGAACAAAUAACUGAAGAAGUUGCAUCUCCAGGUACUGGAAGAUCAGGAGGCAUCGUAAUCUCAUUGAAGAGUUGUCUCAAAAUAAUAGAUCGGGGGGGUCCUUGCAGGUUGGGUUGAAUGCCUUCAGAGAUAGAUUUGAAUUGGAUAAGAGCAGAGGGUCGAUCGAACAUCCUGGCCAUGCCCUCUCUGGUAGAUAGAAAGCCCAUGGAAGGUUUGGAAACAGGGUUUUUUGCAUCAGAAUAUUCCCAAAAAAAAAAAAGGUUAUGAGAGUCUUUCUAGCUAUGCCUGACUCAGCCCUAGUGAAGUAUGGUCAUUUCACUUACAGCCUUUACAUCUACAUUGACAUGCUAAAAAUCCCCCUCCCCGAGUGAUUGCUGACUUCAAAGAGGGGAUGAUUUCUACGCAACAUCCUCAUGGUUUCUUUCUUUUUUUUUCAUAUUUCUUGGGUUGGCUGUCUUUUUUCUUCCUUUUUUUUUUUUUUUUAAAUUCAGGAGGAGCGGGUGUAUGUGGGCUUUAGCAGAACACCCACGCAUGCGUUGACCUCAACAGAUAUCCCUUCCCCUGCAUCCCAAUCCAACAGUUCAUCCAUCAUCAUCAUGAUCUCUCUCUCUCUGAUUCAUUGGAUUCACUGCUUGCCAUGUUCUGGAGUUCUAACCCGGCGAGGAACAUGAAGAAUCAUGGUGCUUCAAGCAUGGCGGCUGAAUCAUCUUUGAACUCCACAAUGCAGGAGGGGACUCCGAACCCGGCCGGGCUCUCCCUCCCCGUGCGAUGGCGGCGGGCUCUUCCUGCACCGACGAGAGCGGCCGCUCCACCCGGCGGCGCACGAGAACAGAAGCCUUUGGAGAUGGGUUGAUUGACCUCAAUCUGCCCCCCGAUAUGGCAGAGAAGGGGAUGGAGAUCUGA